UCUCUCCUACAGCUUUACCCCACUUUCCUCUCUCUCAUUUUUUCACUUCACUCUUUGCUUUCAUUUUCCACACACUCUUUUCUGUCUCUCUCAUUCAUUAUUGAGUUUUUUUAUUUUAUUUCCAGAUUUCUCAUCCAUGGCUUUGAUGCAUUUUCUUCUUCUGCUUUUUGCAGUCUCUAUUGUUUCAGCUGAUGAAGAACCUUUUAUUGGAGUGAACAUUGGAACAGAACUAUCUGAUAUGCCACACCCUACUCAAGUAGUUGCGCUGCUCAAAGCGCAACAAAUUCGACACGUUCGAUUGUAUGAUGCUGACCAAGCUAUGCUCAUUGCACUUGCAAAAUCCGGCAUUCAGGUUGUUAUAACCGUCCCUAACGAAGAACUCUUAGCAAUCGGUCAAUCGAAUGCCUCAGCUGCCAACUGGGUUUCCCGCAAUGUGGUUGCACAUUAUCCGGCCACCAAUAUCACUGCCAUUUGUGUUGGUUCCGAGGUUUUAACCACACUUCCUAAUGUUGCAAAAGUUCUUGUCAACGCGAUCAAGUACAUUCAUUCAGCCCUUGUUGCGUCAAAUCUUGAUCGCCAAGUUAAAGUUUCAACACCACUUUCUUCAUCAAUCAUCCUUGAUUCGUUUCCUCCUUCUCAGGCUUUCUUUAACCGAUCGCUGAAUUCGGUUUUAGUUCCGAUCCUUGAUUUCCUGCAAUCCACCGACUCUUAUCUCAUGCUCAAUAUUUACCCUUACUAUGAUUACAUGCAAUCAAAUGGUGUGAUUCCAUUAGAUUAUGCACUUUUCAAACCUCUCCCUCCAAACAAAGAAGCUGUUGAUUCCAAUACCCUUCUCCAUUACUCCAAUGUCUUUGAUGCCAUGGUUGAUGCGGCAUACUUCGCCAUGGCUUUUCUAAAUUACACCAACAUUCCUGUAGUUGUAACCGAAUCAGGCUGGCCUUCAAAAGGUGGCUCAAACGAGCCCGACGCAACAAUCGACAAUGCCAACAAUUACAACAGCAAUUUGAUCAAGCACGUGUUUAACAAAACUGGAACACCGAAACAUCCAGGAACUGCUGUUAGUACUUACAUAUAUGAACUCUACAAUGAGGAUACGAAACCGGGAGUAUUGUCUGAAAAAAACUGGGGAUUGUUUGAUGCGAACGGAGUGCCUAUUUACAUUCUACACUUGACAGGAUCGGGAGCGGUUUUGGCGAACGACACAAGCAAUCAAACUUUCUGCGUUGCAAAGGAUGGCGCAGAUCCGAAGAUGAUACAGGCUGCGUUGGAUUGGGCGUGCGGACCUGGAAAAGUGGAGUGCGAUCUAUUGUUGCAAGGACAACCGUGUUAUGAACCGGACAAUGUGAUUGCACAUGCUAAUUAUGCUUUUGAUAGUUACUAUCAUAAAAUGGGGAACACUCCUGAUUCAUGUGACUUCAAGGGUGUUGCUACAAUCACCACUUCAGAUCCAAGUCAUGGUUCUUGUAUAUUUCCUGGAAGUCUUGGAAAAAAUAGCACCUUUGGAAACUUCACAGCACCAUCAAUGAAUUCAUCAAGUGAUUCUUCAGCCUACAGUAUCCACAGCAUUGAAAUGAGAAUUUGUAGCCUUGUAAUGGUGACAGGAUUUCUAAUACUGGGAGUGGUUUUGAUUUAGUGUGAUAUAUAAUGUCAUGAACAAAUUAAUGUUACUCAUUCAAAAAUUUUGUGGUGGUGAUAAUGCUACAAAUUGGUAUUGGUAGAGGUAGCAUUGUGUUGUUCGUUCAUUCAAUUUUGUACAAAAUCCAGCCAAGGGUUUCGACUGAAUGAGGCUGCAGCUAAAUCUUCAUUGUCAUUCUUUUCAGUUAGAGUUGAUUCAAUCAUUAUCAUCAUCAAUCAUUGAUAUUCCACAAGUUCCAUUUUUA